AUGCACGCCCUGCAGGUAGCAGACGAGCUAGUGGCUGAGUUCACAGGGCUGCAAGGCACUGCCAGCCUGCCUCAAGACCAGUACGACGAGAAGAACAUUCGGCGGCGGGUGUACGACGCGCUGAACGUGCUGAUGGCGAUGGACAUCAUCUCCAAGGAGAAGAAGGAGAUCAAAUGGAAGGGUCUCCCCCCCUCCUCCGCCUCCCACCAGCUGCUUCUGGCGGAGUCAUCGCGGGUGCGCAGUCGGGUGGAGAAGAAGGCAGCCCAUCUCGAGGAGUUGAAGGAGCAGAUGGCCGGCAUCGAGCGUCUCAUGCGCCGCAACGAGGCCAGCAGCCAGCAGGGGGGCCCACCUGCGGGCGGCGGAGUGGCGCUGCCUUUUAUCCUCGUGCAGACCCGCCCACAAGCAACGGUGGAGGUGGAGAUAUCAGAGGACAUGCAGCUUGUGCACUUCGACUUCAGCAC